AUGAAACAUAAUCUAAAUUUACUAAUUUCACAGGACUGCUAUCUGUUGGAUCAAGGUGGUAUAAGGAUCUUUAUCUGGAAAGGAAAGAAGGCUUCCAAGACAGAGCGGUCUGAGUCUUUGGAUAAAGCAGAAGUGAGCCACACCUCUUGACACAUUUUAGAUUCACAAUGCUUUUGAUAUCCCUUUGCUGUCCCCUAGAUGCUGUUUAGUUUAAUACAGAGUCCAAAAAAUAUCCCCCCUCCCCCCUUUUUGUACAACCCAGAUACCAGAUACCUAAACAAGUUAACCCUGAAAAUCAUCUGGAUCCCUGAAACAUUUAUUCCGGUCCUGGAUCACAGAUACACACAAUCACUUACCAAUUCAACUCUCUCUGACACCCAUAUCUCUAUACCAACCUAAUUGAAGAAUACUUUGGUACCGUCCUAAAAAAAUAUUUUAGGACCCCUCUUCAAAUAAAAAGCAUCUUGUAAUUCUAGGCAUACAAGAAGGCGAAGGGCUACCCUAUCUCCACCUACGUUGAGACGGUGAACGAUGGUGCUGAGUCUGCCGUGUUCAAGCAGCUGUUCCAGAGGUGGACCGUGAAGGGUCAGACUGUGGGGAUGGGGGCCACAAACAGCCCAGGCAAAAUUGGUGAGCAUGUCACACACUGAAAAUAUACACUCAAUGCACACAUCUCCAAUCAGAUGUAUUUAGGAUUUUUUUUCAUUCUUUGGGGAGUAUUGACUGAAAUAUGCUGUGGGAAAUGCACAGUAUGCUUCAAUGUACAUUAUGAAUCCAACACCUAUUUCUCAACUUGACUAAUGAAACUAAGCAUCCAGUAUUCACGGGUAAAAAACAAACAAAAAACACUGAAUGAGCCAACAUUGGUAUCUCUAAAUGUUUUUUCUUGACAAUGCAGCCAAGAUUGAGCAGAUCAAGUUUGAUGCUACUUCCAUGCAUGCAAGGCCUGACCUGGCUGCCCAGCAGAAAAUGGUGGAUGACGGAACAGGCGAAGCAGAGGUUGGUAACAACCUGUAAUAACUAGCUUUGACAAAAUAAUUAUUCAUAAUCCUCCCCUUUAAACUGGAUAUCCAAUACAAAUUAACAUGUCCUAUUCUCCUCCAAUCAGGUGUGGAGGUUAGAGGACAGUGAGCUGGUGCCUGUGGACAGGAAGUGGUUGGGCCACUUCUAUGGAGGCGACUGCUAUCUCAUCCUCUACAAAUAUGAAGUCAGCAACAGGAGUCACUACAUGCUAUACAUAUGGCAGGUCAGAACACCCUACUAUCCAACAUUCCAUCUCCGGCAUUAUCGACAUAGCUCUCUGUCUGCCCGGCAAUCAGGCUUUGAAAAUACCAGAAAAUGUUAAUAUGAGUAGAGCUUAAUUCCAUGACUUAGUGUCUGGCUUGCUUGCUUUCCAUGCAACCUUAUGCAGAAAGGUACAGGAACUAUAGUGUGUUUGAUGUGUACAAUGUAGGGUCGCCAUGCGAGCACAGGAGAGCUGGCUGCCUCUGCUUUCCAAGCCGUGAACAUCGACCGGCAGUACAACGGGGAGCCAGUUCAGGUCCGAGUGCCCAUGGGGAAAGAACCACUCCACCUCAUGGCCAUAUUCAAGGGCAAGAUAGUGGUCUAUGAGGUAGGCGCUUCAUAGUAUUCCUUUGUCAACGGGAUUUCAAGUAAUUCAUCUUACAAGAGGCGACUGAAAUAUGAGACCACAUAGAUCCUAUUCAAUUACGAGACAAACUUCAAAAGUCCAAAUUAUGUUUCACAUCAUCUGGGUCCAUCUCGGUGAUUGGAAUCUCACCAUGAAUGUUAUCCUAUCUCAUCAUCAAGAUUGUAAUCAUGGUUUGCAGGAGGGGAGCUCCAGAGCCAACUCCACACAUGCCCAGCCGACAGUUCGUCUCUUCCACAUCCACGGCACCAACGAGUUCAACACCCGCGCCAUCGAAGUGCCAGCACGCUCCUCGUCCCUCAACUCCAACGAUGUCUUUGUGUUCAGCACUGACACUUGCUGCUAUCUGUGGUACGGAAAGGUAAGCACCAUUUCAGAGAAACGCCAUAAACUAGUAAUCCAGGUUUGACAAUAUGACAGUUCUCAAGUUAAGGACUGAUGAGGAGAGUACAAGGGCUGUACCUAGUUAUGUGACAGGUAUGACUCUUAUCCCCUGCAGGGCUGCAGUGGUGAUGAGCGAGAGAUGGGAAAAUCCCUGGCAGACAUUAUCUCCAGGAGGGAAAAACAUGUCAUCGCAGAGGGCCAGGAGCCGGCUCACUUCUGGGUCAAUCUGGGAGGCAAGUCCCAGUAUGCCAACAGUAAGAGGUACCACACUUGAUCCCUUGGUUUUAUAGUUCCCUAAGGGCCCUAUUCAACUGAACUCGGUUAGCGGGUUUAAAUGUAAUUGAUUCAUAAACUCAUUGAACAAGACAGCAAAACACUGUCUAGUACAAUGUAACUGGAAAUGACAUCCCAUUCUGAUGCCUUCUUCCUGGAUCAUCUGUGGUCUCUAACCAAGGCUUCAGGAAGAGCACAACAACAUCACCCCACGUCUCUUCGAGUGCUCCAAUCAGACAGGCCGCUUCCUGGCUAUGGAGAUCACCAACUUUAACCAGGACGACCUGGACGAAGAUGACAUCAUGCUGCUGGACAUCUGGGACAUGGUGAAUACCUAUCUUUUUACCCUGGAAUCCAAACUGAUGUGCCGUGUUUCCCCAUUGUUUCAGUUUGGGUUUCAGGCUACUACUGUACUGUCCUUUGAUUGCUGCUAUCAAUUAGUGCUGAGCGAUUAGUGCUUUUUGAGGUCGGUUUCGGUUCAAUUAUUAAGAAAUAAUCACAGUUUUUAAUUUCGGUUUUCGAUUAUUUGGGUUGAACGCUGUUACAACACAGAACAAAAAACAAUUAAUAAAAGUCCCAUGAUGGUAGUGACUGUUCAUUACUGCUUAUUCCCUUAUUAACCAUAAUUUAUUCACAUUACUUCACUUUAAUCAAAAUGUUCAGUUGUUGUGUAUAUGUUUUAUUUGAUGACUUUAUUAUUUAAAUCCAAGUCAUCAUCUCAUCUCUAUAGAGCUGCUGCCUAUGCUGUCUGACAAAAUCACUAUUUUAGUAGUUCUUCUAAGUAAAUAAGGCAUACUUUUAUGACUGCUGAAUACCAGUUAUCCAUCACUUUGAUCAUGUAUUUUCAGGUAGAGAAGCCUCGCGAAGCAACAGAUGCUCUCUAUAUCCCCUCACGAUUGCUCAUUCUUGUCCCUUCCUUAUCGGGUGUAAAAGAAACGCAGACCGGACAAGUAGAUGCUCUAUGGAUUAUGGUCAUUGUAGUUAAUUACCACGUUUUGUGCCCUAAACUAUGUAGAAUAUUGGCCUGUUGGAAACGACAACUCCCUACUAUAAUCACACAGUUGAGGCUGGAUCUGAUUUAUCUCUAGAGAAACUGUGCAAUGUGCGCAUUGAGCUCACAGAAAAAAACUGAACGAAAUGGAAUUCAAAUAAUUGAACCUUUGUCAGUUAAUUAGUUGUUUAAAAAUCGAAAAAUAACAGACAUUUCGGUUAAUCGCUCAGCACUACUAUCAAUCUACGAUCUGGAGGUUUGGUUCUUUUAAAACACAAGAGGUCCUCUUCCUCCUCAGGUGUUCCUUGGAUGGGCAAGGGAGCUAAUCAAAUAGAGAAGGAGAAUGUGGUCCCCACCGCACAUGAGUACCUGAGGACCCACCCAGGGGGUCGAAAUCUGGACACCCCCAUUGUGCUGGUCAAACAGGGAUUUGAGCCUCCCACCUUCACAGGCUGGUUCCACACCUGGGACCCACACAUGUGGAGUGUAUGUAGCAUGCAUUUUAGUCAGGAUAAUUAUGAGGUGAUAAUACACAUUGUAAGAGGGUCAUAUACGUAUGACAAGCCUAACAAUGCAUUGUAACUGCAUAAUAACGCAUUACACCGCUUGGCUUCAGGUAGUAUUACCAAAGUCUCUUUACUCAGGGCACAAAAUAUUGAAUUAAACAAGCUGCUUUGCUUUGUAUAUCCACAGGGAGGGAAAUCCUACCAGGAGUUGAAGGCUGAGCUUGGGGAUGCCACUGAUAUCAUCCAGAUCACCGUGGUGAGUUUCUACUCUCUCUCAAGCCCACUCACGUCAUCUGAUUUUACGAAACAGUUCUCAUGUAAACAUUCUUUACAAAUGCACAAAGGAAAUAUACAGUAUGUACAUGUAAGUGUUAAUGUUCAUAUGUAUUAGAAAAAAUGUCCACCAAUAAAGUUCCCGAAGGUCUAGCUACCAUUUGACCAGGUGUUCUAACCUAGCCCAGUCAUUAAGGAACAAUUAUUGCAUCGUCAUAGAAACCACAGUCAAAUAUUAUUUUCUGCUCUGGUUAAAUUAAUGGUCUCUUGUCUGUUUGUGGCUACAGGACAGAACCACAUCCAACUCCACUCAAAAUAAUUCCAAGAACAUUGGAGAACCACUGUUGUCCCCCACCGUUGGGGUCACCAUCCCUGCAGACAAGCUGUUAAACCGCCAGACAGAUGACCUGCCCGAUGGGGUUGACCCUACCAAGAAGGAGGUAAACUAACACUGGAUCUCCAUGAUUGGUCUCUCACCAGUCUGUACUUCAGUGUAGCUGUCAGCUAAAUUCAUGAUUAUUGUAGUCAGUCACUCAUCUAUUUUUACAUGUACUAUAACUAUACCAUACCUCUAUCUUUUCCAGGAGUAUCUGUCCAAUGAUGACUUUGCUCUGAUCCUGGGUGUGUCCCGGGUAGAGUUCUACUCCAUGCCCUCCUGGAAGCAGCAGAAUCUGAAGAAAGAGAAGGGUCUGUUCUAG